AUGGCUAGUAACGACUAUUAUGGCGGCGGCGGCCACCCGCAAGGCCAGGGCUACGGCUACGACCAGCAGGGCCAGUACGGCCAGCAGGGCCAGUAUGGACAGCAGGACCAAUACGGGCAGCAGCACCAGUACGGCCAGGGCCAGUACGGCCAGCACGACCAGUAUGGGCAGCAGCCGCAGUACCAGCCGCACCAGUACGGCCAAGAGCAGGCGCACAGUGGCUACGGCGCCGAUGCUCACGCACAGCGAGGUUAUCGGGAGAAGGAAGCUGACACGUAUGGAACGGCGCAGACCGGCUACUCGCCUGCCCCGGGCUACGGCAACACGGUCGCGCCGUACAACUCCGAGCAGGGCGUCGGGUACCCGACGUACCAGCCGCCGCAGGACCACAGCGGCGCGGAGCGGUACGCGGGGUAUAAUGCGCCGGCGGACGCGUCGCAGGGCCAGUACCAGCAGCACGGCGGCGGGUACGGGUACGGUGGCGCGGACGCAGUAGCGCCCGGCGGCGCAGCAGAGGGCGAGCGCGGCCUCGGCUCCACGCUGAUUGGCAGCGCGGGCGGCGCGUUCCUGGGGCACAAGAUGGGCGGCGGUGCGCUAGGGACGAUUGGGGGGCUGGUGGCGGGGGCGAUUGGCGCGAAUAUGCUGGACGACAAGCAUGACAAGUGA